UCCAAGAAGAAAUUAGGAGAUUGCAGGCAGAAAUGGGGAAACACCUUGACAAUAUCAGUGAACUCCAUGAAGAAAUUAGGGCACAUCUUGAAAAUAUUAGUGAACUGAAUGAAAAAAUUAGUGGACUUCAAAGAGAACUUGAAUGGAGAAAAGCCCUAGUUUGUCCAACGAAUGUGACCCUGGAUCCAAACACAGCAAAUGCCCAGCUCAUUGUGUCUGAGGAUCGGAAAAGCGUGAGGCGUGGAAUUGCACGGCAGGAGGUGCCGGACAAUCCAGAGCGAUUCCAUUCUUUCUGUGUGCUGGGCUGUGAGAGGUUCAGCUCAGGGAGACAUUACUGGGAGGUGGAGGUGGGAGAUGGAGGGUUUUGGAUUUUGGACACUCUCUUCUCUGUGUUCUGA